AUGACCAGCUACAGCCAGGGCUCAUCUUGUACUCCAGAGUGUGAUGAUGCCAUCAGACCAGCCAUUGGGAUGACUUUUGCUGAUUUGAACGCAGCCAAGGAGUUCUAUGAAGCUUAUGCACAUCAUGUUGGUUUUUCAGUACGUGUGGGGCAGCAAAAGAUUGUCAAUGGUGUCAUUACUCACAAGCGUUUCUACUGUGACCGUGAAGGUUUCCGUGAAGAGCGGAAAGGUCGGUGCGUGUGGUCUUCUGAAACUCCUACUGAAUUUGAGGAACGACGGAAAGAAAUUAUGUCAGAGUAUGGGUUGGAAGAUGAUGAAUGGUUCAGUAAAAGGUUCAGCCUUCGAGAAUCAUGGAUACCAGCUUAUUUCAAAGAAAUAGCUUUGUCAGGGCUUAUGCGGACCACUUCAAGAUUUGACACGGCUUUGGAAGAACAACUUCAUAAGGAGUUGCAAGAGGACCAUGUGAGCCUACAUACGAUGCCUGUGUUGAAGACAUCAUGGGCGAUUGAAAAGCAUGGCAGUGAGGUGUUCACGCAUGAGAUAUUUCAGGAUUUUCAACAUGAGUUGCUUGCUGAUAGGGAUCGUUGCCUUGUUGAGAUGAUGGCACAUGAUGGUGAGGUUAAAACAGUAACUAUACAUGAUGGCUAUAAGAAACUAAGGGUGGUAACUUACAACACAACAACCAUGGUAGGUUCUUGCACAUGUAAGUUGUUUGAGACACAUGGUAUCCCAUGUCGUCAUCUGAUCCAUGUCCUAAGAACUGCCCAGCUAAAUGAAUUGCCAAAGCAUUAUGUACUCAAAAGGUUUAGAAAGGACUGCAAAACCGAGCCAGUCUUUGACGAGGACGGCAUUCUAUUGGAAGGCAAUGAGAGCAGUUCAAUUGAUCCGGAGAUACAAAAAUUAGCUUCAGAAACAUGUAAGAAGAUGGAAGACCUUUUAGUACAAGCGAAGCAAUCUCAGGUCGGCAUGCAAUUCUUGAGAGAUCACAUUUUUGCACUUGGAGAGAAAUUGUCUACCCAAGUUCCAGCGAAAAAACAAACUCAAACAGAAGAAUUUGAGGAAUUUUUAGGUUGUUCCAUUCCAAGUGAGGUUCAUAUCCAUCCUCCAAAUGAUAUUCGAUCAAGGGGUAGAAUCAAAAGACUAAAGGGGUACAGGGAUAAGGGUGGAAAGCAAAGACAGAAAGAGAAGAACAAGAACAAGGACAAGGAAAUGCAGCAGACAUGA